AUAACAAACAAGGAUGUUACUCUCCUGCCCCGCCCCUUUUCUCGGCAGAGAGCUAAGACUGAUCUACAAUUCUACUUUCCUGAAACUAAUCGCCACAGAGGCCCUCGGAGCUUCACAGACGCAAUUUCUGCAGCCUUAUCAAUUGGGCUGGGCACUUUGCCAGCACAAAGUCUCAACCAACAACGUUUGAUCUUCACCAAAUCAAAUAAAACGUCAUCGGAUUCAGCAUGGGCUUCAACAUCUGGGUCUACCAGUAGCUAUAAUCACAGUAAUAAUCAAAAGGGUAGCUCGGCCUCAGUUCUUGAAUCAGUUCUGAGAUCAUUGUUUUCGGGGGCAGUCGUCGUUGCCUCGAGUUUAGGCCUUUGUUACUGUUAUGCCUUUUCUGGUAGGCAUUCGCAGCUCUCUUAUGCUGAUUGUGGAAGGGGCCCGGCAGAUACAGAAAGUGAAAGCCAGCCUAAUUUCUUAUUUAAAGAUACAUACAGGAGAAAGGUUUUCUUCAACUAUGAGAAACGCCUGAGGUUGCAGAGUCCUCCUGAGAAGGUGUUUGAUUACUUUGCAUCUUUCCGAUCCCCUUCUGGCGAGGUAUUUAUGACACCAGCAGAUUUGAUGCGAGCAGUUGUUCCUGUAUUUCCUCCAUCCGGGGCAACUGGUGUUCGUGGAGGAUAUCUGAAAGGAGAGAAGAGUCCUGGCGAGUUAAAUUGCGCACCUUCAGAAUUUUUUAUGCUUUUUGAUACCAAUAAUGAUGGACUUAUAUCGUUUGCAGAGUAUAUUUUUUUCGUUACACUACUCAGCAUACCAGAAUCAAGUUUUUCGGUGGCAUUCAAAAUGUUUGACCUUGACAACGAUGGAGGAAUAGACAGAGAGGAAUUUAAGAAAGUGAUGGCCCUGAUGCGGAUGCAUAACAGGCAAGGUGCUCACCACAGAGAUGGGAUGAGAACUGGAUUGAAGGUUUCAAGUUCUGUAGAGGACGGAGGACUCCUAGAGUACUUUUUUGGCAAGGAUGGUGAAGGUCGCCUUGGACGUGAAAAAUUUGUUCAAUUCUUAAGAGAUCUGCAUAAUGACAUUCUGCGGCUAGAGUUUGCCCAUUACGACUGGAAAUCACAGGGAACCAUAUCUGCUAAAGAUUUUGCACUGUCCAUGGUUGCAUCUGCUGACAUAAAUCAUAUCAACAAGUUUCUUGAUCGUGUUGAUGAAUUAAACAAAGAACCAAAUCUCAAAGACGUGUGCAUCACAUUUGAAGAAUUCAAGAAUUUUGCUGAACUUCGGAAACGGCUCCGCCCAUUCUCUCUGGCUAUCUUCAGUUAUGGAAAAGUCAAUGGGUUACUAACAAAGCAAGAUUUUCAAAGAGCUGCUACUCAAGUUUGUGGCAUCUCCAUCUCUGACAAUCUUGUUGAUCUCGUAUUUUAUAUAUUCGACACGAAUCGUGAUGGGAAUCUAAGCUCAGACGAGUUUCUGAGGGUUCUUCAGAGACGGGAGUCGAACGCCUCACAGCCCAGGGGAGCAGGCGAUAAGGGUUUGUUUUCUUGCUGGUUUGAAUGUACAAAAAAAAGCUCUUCUUCAGAGAUUUUUAUUUGAUUUUUCUUUUUCUUUUUUUCUUUUCUGCUUCAAAUCGCAAACUCUUCGCACCAAAGUUUACACGGAUGCAAUUGUUUGAUAGGGAAAAAACGAAAGUGUUUUAUUGUAAAGGGAAAGUGGCUGUUUUUUAGUACCUCUUUUCCUUCCCUUUCUUGUGAUGAGCUGCAGCCAAGGACCUGGUUAGUAAUUUGAUUGACAGACUGCAUGUUGCAGUCUUGA